GGACGUAGCGUAUGGUUGCUGCCGCUGCCUGCUGGGGACCGAGCCCCCGCGAGACCCCAGGGUCCGGGACGCCGCGUCCUCGCUGCCCGCGCCCCCGUAGGGGCGGGACUCGCGCCGGCCCCGCCUCUCUGCCCCCAGCUCUCCGGCCGGCGCGCCCCCGGCCCAGCUGCGGCGCGUGACGCCGGGCGCGCGGCUCUGGCGGCCACCGCGAGCAGGCGCAAGCGGCAGGGACUCCAGACGACCGGAGGCAUGGCGGCGGCGGGGACCGCGGCGGGGUUGGCGGGGUCGGCGGGACCCGAGCCCAUGCCGAGUUACACGCAGCUGGUGCAGCGCGGCUGGGGCAGCGCGCUGGCGGCGGCGCGGGGCUGCGCGGACUGCGGCUGGGGGCUGGCGCGCCGCGGCCUGGCGGAACACGCGCACCUGGCGCCGCCCGAGCUGCUGCUGCUGGCGCUCGGCGCGCUCGGCUGGACUGCGCUGCGCUCGGCGGCCACCGCGCGCCUUUUUCGGCCCCUGGCCAAGCGGUACCGCCUCCAGCCUAGAGAUGCUGCCAAGAUGCCUGAGAGUGCCUGGAAGUUUUUCUUCUACCUGGGCUCCUGGAGCUACAGCACCUACCUGCUCUUUGGCACCAACUACCCCUUCUUUCAUGACCCGCCAUCUGUCUUCUACGACUGGACGCCAGGCAUGGCAGUGCCACGGGACAUCGCAGCCGCCUACCUGCUGCACGGAAGCUUCUAUGGCCAUUCCAUCUACGCCACGCUGUACAUGGAUGCCUGGCGCAAGGACUCGGUGGUCAUGCUUGUUCACCAUGUGGUCACCCUGGUCCUCAUCGUCUCGUCCUACGCCUUCCGGUACCACAACGUGGGCAUCCUCGUGCUCUUCCUGCAUGACAUCUGUGACGUGCAGCUGGAGUUCACCAAGCUCAAUGUCUACUUCAAGUCCUGCAGUGGCGCCCACCACCGGCUGCACGCCCUGGCUGCAGACCUGGGCUGCCUCAGCUUCAGCCUCAGCUGGUUCUGGUUCCGCCUCUACUGGUUCCCGCUCAAGGUCUUGUAUGCCACGUGCCACUGCAGCCUGCGCUCUGUGCCUGAUAUCCCCUUCUACUUCUUCUUCAACGCCCUCCUUCUGUUGCUCACCCUCAUGAACCUCUACUGGUUCCUGUACAUCAUGGCGUUUGCCGUCAAGGUGCUGACCGGCCAGGUGCGGGAGCUGAAAGAUGUGCGGGAAUUCGACGUGGCAGAGCUCCCGAGCCGCAAGCCCAGCAAAGCUGAGGCCAGGCUCCCUCUGAAGGAACCAUCCUUGUCUCACCCAGCAUCUGGGGGCUACAGGCAUCCUUGGCUCAUGGCUGCAUCACUCCGAUCUCUGCCUCUGUCUUCACAUGGCCUUCCCUUAUCUCUGGUUCUUCUCUCACAUAAGGACACUUGUCAUUGGAUUUAGGAUCGCCCUAAGUCCAAUGUGAUCUCAUCACCAGUUCCUUCACUUAAUGACAUCUGCAAAGACACUUUUUCCAAAUAAAAUCGCCUUCACAGGU